AUGUCUUCUUCCACUCAUUCUCAUAAAAGGAAGAAUAGUCAUUUAUUCCCGCAUAGGAAAAGUUCAAACUCUUCCAUGGAUAGACCAUUCUUCCCUGAUGGUAAUAUUUCGUCUAAUACGGAUUCUCAAGUUGAUGAGAGUACAAAUACAUUUGACGGGAAUAGAGCGACAGACGCUACAAUAGAUGUUACCGAUGGUCAAACCCCCUUUAUUCAAGAUCGCUCCUCAAUGCAUCCCAGACGAGAGAGUUUCGAGUUUAAUGAUAUUGAAAAUCAGCGUUCCGUACAUUCGUUUUUUAGUGUGAAUACGUUCAAUCGUCGUUGGGGGGAGUGGUCUCUGCUAGAGAAGAGAUCUUUUACUUUAGUCUUUACUUUGAUAGCACUAUUAGUUUUAUUUUUAAUUGUUAUACUAAUACCAACGAAAUUUCUUCCUACUAAAACCACGCCCACGAAAAUAUCUCCGGCAGAUUCUAGAAUAGGUAAAAGAACUUUCUCUAUCGAAAACGUUCUGAAUGGAGAUUUUGCCAUUCCUGAGGAUACUUUUCACUUUAUCGAUCCACCACAUAGAUUAUUAAGUCAUGACUUAGAUCCUGGGCUCUUCUUCACCACAAAAGAAAUUGAUGGACAGACACAUUUUGUUGCGAAACAAUUAUUUGAUAAAUCAUUUGAAAUCAAUCUUGGUAGGAAUAGGUUUGAAUUCGAAGGAGUAGAAUAUACGGUCAGUAGCGUCCAAAUCAGCUAUUCAUUGGAUAAGAUUAUAUUCGGAACAGACUUAGAACCCGACUUUAGACAUUCCUCCAAAGGUUAUUAUUGGAUCAAAGAUUUAAAUAGUGGGUUCAUUCAGCCAAUAUCCCCCCCUGAAAGGUCGGCUGAUAACCAUGAACUUGGGCUGUGGAAACUAUCCUAUGCUCAUUUCUCACCUGCCUACAAUUAUAUUUAUUUCGUAUACGAGAACAAUCUGUAUCUACAACAAGUAGGUGCCACAGUUGCCAGGCAGAUAACUGAAGAUGGCUCAAAGGAUAUAUUAAACGCCAAGCCAGAUUGGAUAUACGAAGAAGAGGUUCUUUCCUCUGAUCAGGCCAUAUGGUGGGCACCGGAUGAUUCAAAAGCUGUGUUUGCUAGAUUUAAUGACACCAAUGUUGAUGAAAUCCAAUUAGACAGUUACACAGACAUGAGAAACCCAUAUGUCUCUAAAACUAUCAUCAAAUACCCGAAACCAGGAUUCAAAAAUCCGAAAUUCGAUCUAUUUCUUGUUGACUUACAGAACGGCGUAAUUUCUUCAAUCAACACAGGUGGUCAGGAGGAUUCAAUUUUGUAUAAUGGAAAAUGGAUUAGUCCAGAUGCAUUUAGAUUUGAGAUCACCGAUAGAAACUCCAAGAUAUUAAACGUCAAAGUAUAUGACGUACAAUCUUAUCAGCUACUUACCGUAAGAACUACGGAUUCAAAUCUGUUUAAUGGAUGGAUUGAAAAGACAAAGGAUGUUGUAAGUAUUCCACCAAAGCCGGAGUCGAAAAGGAUGGAUUAUGGAUACAUCGAUAUUCAUACAGACAAUAAAGGAUUCAAUCAUCUCUUUUAUUAUCCCACCAUCUUUACUAAGGAUGGUAUUCAGUUAACAAAAGGAAACUGGGAAAUUACUGGGAAUGGAGUACUCGGUUACGAAUAUGAGACAGAUACUGUAUUUUUUACUGCUAAUGAGAUUGGUGUCAUGUCGCAACACCUUUAUAGUACUAGUCUCGCAGAUCCCACAACUUCGAGCGCACUUCAAGUUUUACAAAAACCAUCAGAAAAGAAUGAUUUCUAUGAAUUCGAGUUAAGUUCUAGCGCGAGAUACGCUGUUUCGAAGAAGUUGGGGCCUGAUACACCUAAGAAAGUAGCUGGUCCGCUCACAGAAGUUUUAAAUAUUGCCGAAAUUGACAAUGAUUCCGUUCUGCAACUGACAAGGGAUGAAAAGUUUAAGGAAAAAUUAAAAAACUACGAUAUACCUACCACAAGCUACCAGUCCAUGGUAUUAAAUGAUGGUAUUGAAAUAAACUACAUUGAAAUCAAACCAGCAAACAUAAAUCCUAAAAAAAAGUAUCCCAUACUAGUUAACGUUUAUGGUGGUCCAGGAUCCCAAACAUUUACAACGAAGUCGUCGCUUGCAUUUGAACAGGCCGUUGUAUCAGGAUUAGAUGCAAUUGUUUUACAAAUAGAACCCAGAGGAACUGGGGGCAAAGGUUGGAGUUUUAGAUCAUGGGCCCGCAAAAGAUUAGGAUAUUGGGAACCUAGGGAUAUCAUCGAAGUUACCAAAAAAUUCAUACAAAGGAAUAAUCCACAUAUAGAUGAAAGUAAAGUCGCCAUUUGGGGUUGGUCGUAUGGCGGUUUUACCAGUUUGAAAACUGUGGAAUUGGACAAUGGAGAGACGUUUGAAUACGCCAUGGCUGUUGCGCCGGUAAUAAACUGGACAUUAUAUGAUUCAAUUUACACGGAAAGGUAUAUGAACCAACCAUCAGAGAAUCAGGAAGGCUAUUUCGAUGUGUCCACUAUCAAGAAUUUCAAAUCUUUUGAAUCCCUAAAGCGGCUCUUCAUUAUUCACGGCACUUCUGAUGAUAAUGUACAUGUACAAAAUACCUUUAGAUUAGUUGAUCAACUGAAUUUAUUGGGAUUGACCAAUUAUGACAUGCAUAUUUUUCCAGAUUCGGAUCAUUCCAUCAGAUAUCAUAAUGCUCAAAGAAUUGUAUUCCAAAAACUAUAUUACUGGCUAAAAGAUGCCUUUGAUGGACGCUUUGACAAUAAAAAACUUCUGAGUCUGUGA